AUGCCUAGAGCUUUAAGUUUAAAGAAGCCACAACAGGCCGUACCUGCUAAGAAUCAGAAAUCUAUAACAGCAUUUUUUAAAAAUACAGGCGAUGCUAUAAGCCAAGAUCUCGGUUCCUCAGAUAAAAAUUUACAUAAGCAGACAUGCACCGAAAUAAACAAAUCAAAAAGAAAAGCUAUGUCACCUGUAAAGUGCCAAAUGGCCAAUUCAGUUUCAAUGAAUGAUAGGUGUAAAGACAGUAUAGCAAGUGGCUCGCAAGGAAAUCUUCCAAAGAAAAUCAAGACAGAAAGAAAUACAAAAGUUUCAUCGCCUAAUAAAACAAAAAUCUCCAGUCCAAAUAAAAAAUCUCCAAAUAAAGAAAACACUCUAAAUGCGUGGCUCUCUCCAAAGAAACAGCUAUUAGCUGAUUUAGAUACUCAGUAUGGGCCACAUAAGAAAACAAAACAGUUAAACAAUGAUACUACAGAUGAAAAGAGAGAUUCACAAGUCAAACUAAUGAAAACUGAUCUUAAAAAUGAUUACAUGAUUCUUAAUAAAGUAGAUAUCAAUCAGGAACUCAAUAUUUUCGAAAAUGAGCUAGAAUUAGAAAAUAAUGACAUAAAAACUACACCUACAAAGUCUUCAAAUAAGAUGAAUGCUGUGCAUAGUCUAUCUAGAAAGAGUAGAACACCAAAGAAGAGUCCUCUACAAGAAUUCAAAUGUUCUCCAAUCUGCCAGUUAACCACACCAAACAAGUUGCUUACAUCACCCUCUAAAUCUGGUUCAACAGUGACUAUGUUGAAUCUUAGUACUAAUGAAAUAGAUGAGUUUAAUGAUGAAUUUAAUGUUGAUGAUAUUGAAGAGGACACAAUUGAGGACCUAGAUUUAAGUAUAAUGCAGCGGUGUGAAAUACUCUCUGCCAUAAAAGAGAGCAGCACUUUCAAACUAAGGCUGAAAAAUGGUGACAAGAAAGCUACUUGCCUAGUUGAAGGUAUAUGGCUGGACACACCAUUAUUGCCAGGUGAAAUAGUAAGCGUCAUAGCGUCACGUAACGCUGCGGGCCAAUACUGUGUAAAUAACACUUCAGGACUGUUAGUGCUUAGACCUGACCACUUGAUGUCAAGCACCAGUGUUGUAGCUGGUGUGUUUUGUAAGCGAAAGGCGGUGUUGCAGGAGCACUGGCGUGGUAUAGAUUCUGCUAACAUUGCGAUGACUACAGGUAUUUUAAUCCAUGAACUGGUACAGACAGCUCUUACUCAGAAUAUAACAUCCAUAGAUCAAUUAAAAAUCGUGACAGAUAACAUUAUAACAGAGUCCAUCGAAAGAUUAUAUGAUGCUGGCGUUACAGAAGACGAAGCAAGAAUUAGCAUACAUAAUUAUUUACCACCUCUAGCUGAUUUUAUGAACACAUAUGUAGCUGCAAAACCUCCUACAGUUACGCAUAUGCAAAAGGAUAAAAACAACUGGCAGGGACAUAUAGACAAAGUGCUAGAUAUUGAAGAGAAUCUUUGUUGUCCAAAACUGGGGUUGAAAGGCAAAAUCGAUGCUACAUUACAAGUAACUAUACAUGAAAGAAAAGGUCGUCAGCGUGUAGUCGUACCGAUGGAACUGAAAAGUGGCAAAGCAUCAAUGUCUGCUGAGCACCGCGGUCAACUUGUGCUCUAUGGUAUGAUGCUGAACCUGCAGAAUGGUGAGGAUCCUACACAAGCGGCGCAGAGAGGUCUUCUAUUGUAUUUGAAAGAUCGUGUAGAACUGCGCGAAGUGAGUUGCGGCUACCCAGAGCGCCGCGAUCUAAUAAUGCUACGAAAUCAACUUGUGCAGUAUCUUUCUGCUUCACCUCAAGAUAUUGAUCAAGAACAAUUGACAGAUAUAGAAGAUGCGGCAAUGACGUUACAGCAAAAGCUACCAGAACCAGUCGACCAUCACAACGCCUGUGCUAAGUGCCCUUACCUUACUCUUUGUUCUUUACAUCUGUGGCACACGGAUGGGCCAAGCGUGUCAGAAUCCCACCCUCUAUCAAAACUACGCACGGAAGCACUAGGUCAUUUAUCACAGGAACAUAUUAAAUACUUUUUACAUUGGAAUGCAUUAAUUAAAAUGGAGGAAAAAGUACAAUUGACGUCAUCACCUAUCCAUUCCUUGUGGACUGAUAGCAUAGAGAAGAGAGAAAAACGUGGCACAUGUGCGGCGAAAUUAAAACUGAAAGCCGUCCAGGCGUCAGGAGAUAAAUUCCUUCAUAAUUUCCAGCGACAGGAUACUGACGAUGGAGCUUCUGAAAAGGCGAUAAAGGGUCCACAAGAAGGAGAAUUCUCAAUAGUAAGCAUAGACGACAGGCCGUGGAUUGCUGCAGGCGUCGUCAUUGUUUCUAACUCCAAGGAGAUACAGAUUGUUGUAGAAAGAGAUCUCAGUCAGCGCUUAGACAAAAAUACCACAUAUCACAUAGAUACAUAUGAGUCUUAUGCGACGACUGGUCAAAACUUGACUAACUUAGGGGUACUUAUGGAGGAGACUGAGAGAGCUGAGCGACUUAGAAAGUUAAUUAUAGACAAGGAGUGUCCAGAGUUUAAUAAUAAGUUACCUCGAGAAGUUGGUCGCCUCGGAACCAAACUGAUGCGUACGCUCAACAUUCAACAACAACGCGCGGUGCUUAAAGCGCUCGCUGCCAAGGACUACGCCUUACUGCAGGGAUUACCCGGCACUGGUAAAACACAAACGAUCAGCGUACUCAUACAGAUGCUGGUGAGUUUGAAGCAGCGUGUCCUGGUUACUGCCCAUACACAUUCUGCUGUUGACACCGUACUAACUAGGAUACCAGAGUCAGUGCGUGUGUUGCGACUGGGCUCGUCCUCUCGCGUGGCCCCUGCGUUGCACAAACGGACCGAACAAGCGCUAACCGUCGACUGCCGCACUCCUGAACAACUCGCGCAAAUGUAUGACUCUAUGGAAGUCGUCGGAGUAACAUGCUUAGGAGCAGCUCACGCCAUGCUCGCUAGAACUACCUUUGACAUCUGUAUAGUUGACGAAGCAACUCAGGUUUUACAGAGUACAGUUCUACGCCCGUUAUAUGCAGCUAAGAGGUUCGUGUUAGUUGGAGACCCUGAUCAACUUCCGCCUGUAGUCAGAAGCCGAGCUGCCAGGCGUCUAGGCAUGGAAGAGAGUCUGUUUCACAGACUGAUGUGUGAAGGAGCCACAUCGACACUACAAUUACAGUACCGUAUGAAUCAAGCCAUUGUGGAUAUAGCUAAUCACGUCGCGUAUGAUGGCAAACUUAAAUGCGCAAACCAGAACAUCGCUCAAGCAAGACUCGACAUUGAUUUACAGAAAAUAUUUAACCUUCAAUCGGACGCACCCUGGUUGGCUAGAGCUUGCAGUCCGGAAUUGGAACAUGCUGUAUUAUUUAUGGAUGUUGAUACUUAUGAAGAUGUUAUUGAUACUCCAAAGAACAAAUAUUCCUGUACCAACUCUACUGAAGCUUGUAUUGUAUUAGCGCUAGUGGAAGUUCUCAAACAGGGCAAUGUAAAAUCAUCGGAUAUUGGCGUAAUAGCUCCAUAUCGCGACCAAGUUUCAUUACUGCGCCGAUUGUUAACGCGCCACGCUGUAGAGGUCAGCACCGUCGAUCAGUUCCAAGGCAGAGACAAGUCUGUCAUCAUAUAUUCGUGUACUAAACGAGCUGGACGACCAGAUGUAGAUAAAGUAAAGGAUGGGGAAGUGUUAAACGACCAACGUCGGCUAGCUGUAAGCGUUACUCGCGCUAAACACAAAUUACUAAUUGUCGGAAAUUCAAUCGCUUUACAACGAUACGCACCAUUUCAACGAGUAUUAACAACCUGUCAUAAAAUUAAACUGGAUAAAAAUGCUGAGAGAAAAAUUAAAUCAAGUUCAACUGAAAUUGAAGGUAGUUACAAUAAAAUGGUGAAAGCUGUAGCCAUAAUAACUAUAAGCGAUACUUGCUUUAAAGACAACUCCAAAGAUACAUCUGGCCCAGCUCUUGCAGAAUUGGCUAAAGAUCUUUUCCCUGAAGCUAAUCUUCAUACAAUCAUUAUACCCGAUGAAAAAGAAAUUAUUGAAAGGGAGCUCAAGUACUUUUGUGAAAGCAAUUUAGACUUAGUGUUAACAACAGGAGGUACUGGUUUGACACCUAGAGAUGUUACACCUGAAGCAACAAAAGCGGUUGUACAAAAAGAAAUACCAGGGAUCAUUACUGCUAUUACUGUAGUUAGUUUAGAAAAAACACCCAUGGCUCAACUGUCAAGAGCAGUAGCGGGUGUUAGGGAUAAAACUUUAAUAGUAAACUUCCCAGGAAGUAAAAAGGCAGUAAUAGAGUGUUUUGAGGUUGUUAAGCCGAUAUUACCCCAUGCAAUUGCAAUGAUUCGUGAUGAGUCAGAACAAGUGAGUUAUAUUCAUAAAUCAAUGCAGUGUAGUCAUACCUGUAUGCAUAGCAGUAAGGUGGAUGUUUCAAAAGUAGCACUAAGGCCUCGGGAAUCACCAUUCCCACUGUUUGAAAUGGUUGAAGCAUGGAAUAUUGUGGAUAAUGCCAUGUCAGGAUGGAAAGAAAGGGUAGAGGUUAUCGCUAUUGAAGAAGCUUUAGGGAGAGUUGUUGCACAACAACUGUGUGCAAAAGAACCAAUGCCACCUUUUCCAGCAUCAGUAAAAGAUGGUUACGCGUGCCUGAGUAUCGACGGUGUUGGCGUACGAAAAGUACGCACAGCGGUGACGGCUGGUGAUGCACCGACUGCGCCUCUUUCUUCAGGUGAAUGUGCUCGAGUCAAUACUGGUGCUGCAUUACCUGCUGGUGCUGACUGUGUCGUACAGGUAGAAGACACAAGACUCGUAUCAGCGUCAGAAGAUGGCCAAACUGAAAUAGAAGUAGAAAUAUUGAAAGCACCAGAGCCGCAGCAAGAUGUAAGAUGUGUCGGUUUCGAUAUCGCUAUGGGGGCGGUGCUCGUGGACAAAGGGUUUAUUCUGGAUCCACCAAAAAUUGCUUUAUUAGCGGGUGCUGGACACCUGAGUGUUACUGUGAGAGUUCCUCCAAAAGUGGCGCUCUUAUCGACGGGCAACGAGCUGCAGGAGCCCUCCGAGGUGAAACUACAGCCUUCGCAUAUCAGAGACUCCAACAGAACUAUGCUCAGAGUUCUGCUUAGGGAACAUGGCUAUGAUAGUAUAGACUGUGGUAUUGCUCGCGAUUCGCCGCCCGAACUAGUUGCUGCCAUUUCCGCUGCGUUUAAACUUGCAGAUGUCCUUGUGUGUUCUGGAGGAGUGUCAAUGGGUGAAAAAGACCUACUGAAGCCUGUUUUACUAAAGGACUUCGGUGCAACUUUACAUUUUGGACGCGUGCGAAUGAAGCCAGGCAAGCCAAGUACAUUCGCGACAUGUGAGUUUGAGGGCAAGACGAAAUAUAUCUUCGCAUUACCUGGCAACCCAGUGUCGGCGUAUGUAUGCUCCCUUCUGUUCGUGAUCCGCGCGCUCCGCGUGAGCUGCGGGCUGCGUGGCGCUUGGCCUCGCCUGCGAGUGCGCCUGGCGCACGCGGUCAAGCUCGACCUGCGCCCCGAGUACGCGCGCGCCGCGCUCGACCUCACGGCCGAGGGGGACAUGCCUACUGCCACGCUGCUAGGCAACCAGUGCAGCAGCCGGCUGCAGAGCGCGUGCGGCGCGAGCGCGCUGCUGGAGCUGCCGGGCGCCGGCGCCGCGCUCCGCACGCUGCCCGCCGGCGCCGUCGUCACCGCGCUCGUCACCGGACGACUGCACUGA